AUGUCAUCAUCUUCGUCUUCUCUGCAGAUUGGUUCUGAGCCCAAUAAAUCAGAUCCCAAUAAGAAAAGGCGUCGUAGUGAGGCUUGGAGUCAAGAUGUUGAUGAAGAGAUUCCUUCACAACAGAAAGAUCAAGUUAGAAGUAUAACAACUUGGCCCGAGGAUGAUGAGCAAUUGCAACAACUCGAGAAGCUCCAGGAGGAUAGAAAAUCACUACAGAUAUACCGUUAUCGUGAUGCAUUGCUCGACAUUGUUCAACGCAAUCAGGUUGUUAUUAUUUGUGGCCAAAUUGGGUGCGGGAUUACUACACAGAUACCCCAAUAUUUACUCGAGACUGGAUAUGGCAAAGAAGGGAAAAUUGGAUGCACACAGCCGCAUGGGGUUGUUGCUAUGAGUGCUGCUUCCAGAGUUUCUAAAGAAGUGGGUGUCGAGCUCGGGCACGAGGUGGGAUAUUCCAUUUCUUUUGAGGAUUGCACAUCUGAAAAGACUGUUUUGAAAUAUACGACAGAUGAAAUGUUGUUGCAUCAACUCUAUCGUGAACCAGAUUUGAUAAGCUAUAGCGUGUUGAUGGUGGAUGGUGCCGGUGAGAGAACACUCUCAACUGAUAUCCUACUUGGAUUAUUAAAGGAUAUUAUUCGGUUUAGAACCAAACUUAAGGUAAUCAUCUGCACCGGAACUACUGAUCAUGUUGAAAAGCUGAGUGGUUUUUUUAAUAAAGUUCCUAUUUUCAAAAUCCCAAUACGAAUGAGUAAUGGUCACACAAUUGAAUACAUAAAGGCACCAGUAGCAGAUUACUUGGAUGUAGCCAUAGACACUGUACUUCGAAUCCAUGCAACAGAACCAACUGGGGGAGAUAUCUUGGUCUUCCUCACCGAUCAUGAAGAGAUUGAAACAGCAGAAGAAGAACUCAAGCUAAGAGCUGGCUUAGCCGAAGAGCUGAUUAUCUGCCCAGUACAUGAAUACUUACAUGUUGAGCUUCAAGCAAAAGUUUUUAAGCCCACACCUCAAGGGGCCAGGAAGGUUUUCUUUUCCACAGUGGCUAUCGAUAGGGUAAAAUACGUCAUUGACCCAGGGUUUUGCAAGAGGAAGUGUUAUAAUCCAAGAACUGGGAUGGAGUUAAUGCAAGUCGCUCGCAUUUCAAAGGCAACUGCAUUGCAAAGGAUGCUGGUAAGUGAAAGGGGAAAUCGAAUGGCACCUGCCAAGUGCUUCUGUUUAUAUACUGAUUGUACGUAUGACAAAGAUUUUAGUGAAAUCACAGUGCCAGAAAUUCAAUGGACUAACCUUGCAAACGUUGUUCUUAGGCUUCUGCAUCUCGGGGUUAAUUUAUCACAGUUUGAGUUUAUUGACCCUCCACCUGCUGAAGCAUUAACAAAAGCCUCAGAGGUGUUACUUAUACUAGGUGCUACAAAUACUGAAGGUGAGCUUACUUGGGUUGGUGUACAGAUGGCGGACAUCCCUUUGCAUCAUAUGUUGUCCAGGGCGUUAGUUGCUUCAAUCGAGUACAAAUGCUCAGCUGAGGUGAUUUCUAUUGUUGCCAUGCUUUCCUCCGGUGAUGCUUCAGUCUUUUGCCAACCACGGGACAAAGCUGUUGAUGCCGACAAUGCACGAUUGCAUUUUCAAUCUGAGAUCGUGGGGGAUCACAUUGCAUUGCUUAAAGUUUACAAUGCAUGGGAAGAGACAAAUUACUCAACACAGUGGUGUCAUGAAAACUACAUACGAGUUAGGAGCAUGAGGAGAGCAAGAUACGUUCGGGAUAAGCUUGACCAGUUGUUGGAGAAGGUCGGAAUCAAGCUCACCUCAAAUCGAGAUAAUUUGGAGUCUAUAAAGAAGGCUAUUACCUCCGGUUUCUUACCUCAUUCUGCAAAGCAGCAAAUCAAUAGAUCUUAUAGAACAGUCAAAGAGCCAGAUUCACCAAGUAUCCGAAUACAUCCCAACUCAGGGAUGGCACAAGUGCUCCCGAGAUGGGUUGUGUAUCAUGAUUUGGUGCCCACAACCGGAGAAUAUAUGAGACAGGUAACAGAGAUCAAGCCAGAAUGGUUGGUUGAAUUAGCUCCACAUUAUUACCGGCUAGAAUAUGCACUGGAUGUGGUUUAA